ACGGGCUCGCGGCGAACUGAAGCGCUCAGCACUCAGCACACAGCGCACGAGCCCGGGAGACGCAGCAGGAGCAUUAGCAGCGGCAGCAGGCUGAGGGUCAGAGGAGCCGGACAGGAGAGGAGAGGAGAAGAAGGACGGAGGAAGAAGAGAGGAGAGGAGGAGGAGGAGGCGUUAACGGCGCGAGGCCAUUUUAGCACGAGCAUCUCAGACAGAGAGAGAGAGAGAGAGGGAGAGAGAGAGAGAGGGAGAGAGAGAGAGAGAGAGAGAGAGAGAGCAUCAGAGGAAGAAGAUGGAGGGAAUGGCGUAUGGAGCGGGGAAGGCUGGUGGAGCCUUCGACCCCAUCACUUUCUUCCAGCAGCCGCACACCGUCCUCCGCAUGGUGUCCUGGCUCUUCUCAUUGGUGAUAUUUGGGUGCAUAGCUAAUGAAGGCUACGUGAACAGGCCUGAUGAGGUGGUUGAGUACUGCGUCUACAACCGAAACCAGAAUGCCUGCAACUACGCUGUUGGCAUGGGAACGCUGGCCUUCCUCAGUUGCAUGGCCUUCCUGGCUCUGGACGUCUACUUCCCCCAGAUCAGCAGUGUGAAGGACCGCAAGAAAGCCGUGCUGGCCGACGUCGGGGUGUCAGCAUUCUGGUCCUUCGUGUGGUUUGUGGGCUUCUGUUUCUUGGCCAAUCAGUGGCAGGUGGCGAAGCUUGAAGAUAAUCCGCUAAAGGAAGGUGCUGAUGCAGCUCGGGCAGCAAUCACCUUCGCCUUCUUCUCCAUCUUCACCUGGGCCGGGCAGGCGUUCCUGGCCUUUCAGAGGUAUAAGCUGGGGGCGGAUUCGGCCCUGUUCUCGCAGGACUACACUGACCCCAGCCAGGAUGCUGCAGCUGCCCCCUAUAGCGCUUUCACCAGCGGAGACGACCUGGAGAGCCCAGGGGGGACCGGAUCAUACCAGCAGCCCAGCGGCGAUGGAGCGUUCGACGGGUCUGCAGGGUACCAGCGCCAAGAGUACUAAAGCCAGUCUGGAGGAGGGGCGGAGUUUGGUUAGUACAGGGUUGUGGAGGGUCAAAAGGAGACUUGCAGGCUCACCAGAUAUUUUACAGCAAACGCAACAUACACUACCAUUCAAAAGCUUAGAAACACUACUCUUAUUUUAUUAAUUGUUGUUAUUUUAUUCAGUAAUAAUUUAACAUUUUUUAGAUGUUUAAGCAAUAUUUCAUGUUUGUAUUUUUUAUUUAUUUACUUUCAUUUUUUUGGGACAUUUAAAGGUCUAUUUAUAAUAACAAAAAUAUGUAAUAUUGUAAAUAUAUUCAGGGCUGUUGCUUAGGGCCCCUGAGUCAGAAGGAAAUGUGUGAUAUGAUGUCUAAUAUUGUGAUGAAUAUUUUUAAAUAUCCAUCACAAUAUUAGCAAAUAUGUUAAGGAACACAUCAUUCAUAAUUUUCACAAUAUAAAAAAUGACCCACAUGCAAAA